UGGGACGAGGCUUACAAGCGGUGCUGCUCCCUUGGAAUGGACCUCCUUUCAGUCCACAAUCCAGCCAAGCAAUACUGCUUAGGCAACCCGUACAACAACUGGUACACGAAUAUGGCAGACUAUCUGCCUUUUUGGACAGAGGCCUGGACGGCAGGGCGGGAUAUUGAGUCUUGCCGCGGACAAGUGCGUUGGUGCACUGGCUACCUGAACGACUACCUGAAAAAUGACCUGACGUGGAAAAAGGGCCAUGAUCCGAGAUCUGCGAACAACUCGUGCGUCUACAUCGAUUUUGGGGAUCCAGUUGGGCCUAGUCUGGCGCUGGCAGACUGCUCAAAAAAGAAACAGAUCAUUUGCGAGGCGCCCAUGGGAGUCAGUUUCAAAUCAGCGAUGCAUUAUUACGCUUGCAGGAGAAAUUUCAGAGCUAAAGAAAGCGAUGCCGAGAAAAUCUGGAACACUGGUGAUUUGAGCCGAACCAGUUACGCAACCAAAAAAAUGAUACAAUGCCUAGCAGAGCAUAUAGGACUGGUGUACAACUCGACCAAAAUCAAUGAGCGUGUUUACCUGAAAAUGAUGUCCAGGAUGUUUCAUCCCCUUGACGUUGAUUCAAUGAACAAAUCGAUUGAGGACCAAAAGGCGUGGCUCUCGUCGUUCGAAGCCAUUUACGGCUGGAAGAAGGUCAUGAAUUUCGAGGUUGACAUGUCGAAUGACGUGACGGAUGACUAUUACUCGGCCCACUUUGAUCGUGCCGCCGAAAUGAUCAUCAAACUCUACGAAUGCAGAGGAAUCAAAAAAACGAAUGAGGAAACGUUCGCGUUUGACUUCCUGGCGUGUCUCCUUCAGUCCAAAGAAAUGGACCGCUUCUGGAAAGUUUAUGAUUUCAAGUUUGAGCAAGCCAGUGUGAUUCCCGCGGACCACGAUCUAAACACUCCGUGCAUGACGUUUGACGAUUUUUUAAAAAAUACUUCUUUAUGCAUUCCACCGGAUUACUUGCUUCCACUGACCGAAUCUGGGCCUUUUCUCACCCUGGGACCAAUUAACAUAAAAAGGUUCAACACGUCAUCUUUCACCGCGUGUUUGGAGAGGAGGGGCUCGCUGCCUUACGCGAAAACCAAGCAGGAGUUUGAAAUGAUCUACAAAUAUAUCAGAAGCGUGGCUCCGAAUCUGACGAUAAUCUGGGACCAAGGAUUUUUUGACACGCUGUACGAUGAAUUCAUAUGGUGCCGCAGCGAAUUCGGUCCCUCCAGACCAGGGGCAAAUAUUCCGAUCCCUGUCGCCGUGAACGUGACGACGAAACAGGACUUCGUGAUGCUCGUCUCCCUGCCGGGUGCCAAGCCAAAUCUGCACGCCGUCGCCGCCACCGAGCAGCUCAAGUACCAAACCGACGUCUUCUGCCGCUUCCCAGACUACGUCGUGAGCAAGUGCUUGACCAACGAGCGAGCACAGACGUGGGAGUACUAAAUCCUUUUAAAUUCGAAUCGGCAAUUUGAUUUUCAACAUUUAAUUAUAAAUUUUUCAAAUUUUGACUAUGUUAAAGUG